CAGAAAUUAGUCGUCAUGACAUAUAUUUUUCUGUGAUGUGAGAAUAAUGGGCGAAAAAAAUAUUUGUGAUACAAUAUUAUUAUUUGAACAUUGAAAUAACUAAACCGAAUAUUAAAACGAGAAAAUAUUUGUUUUAAUCAAUAAUGUCAUCAAGAGUGUUGAAAAAGCUACAAAGUAAUAAUGAUCCGCUCGCUGAACCAAAAGUUGAUGACUUUGAAGAGGAAGAAGAUGAAGAAACAAUCGAUUCUGGAACCUUUAAAAAGCCCUUAAACAGAUUUGAUCUGUUAAAUCAACAAAGUCCUUCAGAAAGUGAAGUAAAGGAAGAUGACAACGAGACCGAGCAUCAUUCAACAGCAGCAAAUAUUCCAAGUAGUAUUUCAAAGAAAAAAAAGAAAAAGCGAAAGAAGAAGAGCACAAAACAUUCAGCACAUCACAUCAGCAGUGAAGAUAAUGAGCAACUUAAUGAAAAAUACUUGAGCGAAAUCGAUCCUUUCUUGGAAAGAACAACUAGAUCUCCUCGCAUUACAGGACCAGUUCAAACAUGCGAAAAUUAUAAGUCAUUGCUCUCGAUUGAAUUUAAGAACCUGAAUGCACAAUAUGAAAUGAGACGAACUUUUGGAAAACGGGUUGUUAAAAUCGAAAAUAAAAGAGGGCGGCCUAAACCGACUUUAAAAUCGACCUACCUAGUAACUGCACGUGAGAGUUGGCCUCCUGUUACAAAGGAUAUUAUAUCAAUGAAACCUUGUGAGCCGCCAGCUUUAACAACAAAUGAGGAAAAUUUAAUUAACCAUUCGGCAGCAACUUGGUUCGCUUUCGAACAUUCUAAAUUUUAUCAAAGUGUGCAAAGUAUGUUUUUGUCAGCUGUAGAAAGUACCGAUUCUGAUUUUCUUGUUAGCUUGAUAAAAAGAUGUCCUUAUCAUGUCGAUUCUCUUAUACAGUUGAGUGAAUUAUGCAAAAUUACUGAAAACUUUGCAAUGGCAACCGAAUUAAUCGAAAGAGCUGUGUUAAUUUUGGAAUCAUCUUUGCAUCCAUCGUUUAGUUUGAUAUCUGGAAAUUGUCGUUUAGACUAUAGAAGACAGGAAAAUCGAGCUUUCUUCAUAGUAUUAUUCAAGCAUGCACAAUAUUUAGAGGCAAAAGCAUGUUGCCGUACAGCUUUCGAAGUUUCAAAAUUGAUAUUAAGUGUAAAUUCAGAUGAUCCACUUGCUAUGCUUUUAGUCAUUGAUUACUAUGCAAUACGAAGUAAACAGUACGCUUGGUUAGUAAAGUUUUAUGAUGAAUGGGAAACCUUAAGAAAUCUUUCACAAUUACCAAAUAUGGCUUAUUCAUAUGCUUUAGCACAAUUUUUUUUAAAUGGAGAGUGUGAGGAAGCUGACAAAUCCUUGCAAUAUGCUUUAUUAAUGUUUCCUGGUGUUCUCAAAUUAUUAUUGGAUGAACUUUCAGUUCAAACAGAUUCAAGGAUUUUGGGUUCAACUUACUUUAAUUCUGGAGUAUCCGGAAGUCAAUCGCCGUCAUUGCACCAACUGGUGUGUUUGUAUGUUUGUCGUGCCAAAGUGAUAUGGAGAGAUUCAAAUGUUUUGCCCUGGCUCGAAAAAAAUGUCAAUACUGUCUUAGACAGAAUUGAUGCUAAAGACGAUGUUAUAGCUGAUUAUUCACAAAAAAGAAGUCAACGCUACGUUACGCCACCACGUGCUAUAUUAAGACAUGUUUUUCUAGCUGAUUACAAAGAAAAAGUGCCACUGGCGCCAUUUUUAGUGAAAGAAAAAGAACCGGUAAUGAUGUAUGAUCCUUUACCACCUUUGGAUUCUGUCAACUUCUACGAAAGAAAAUCUAGUAGUUCGAGUCCUACUUCAAAUACCCGACCGGUGUCUAUGUUCUUUCAAUCUAUGUUGCCUACUUUUAACCUGCAAAUGCAGGGAAGGCAAAAUAAUGAUAUUGCACCUGCAGCAGAAGGCGGCGCUCAAAAUGAAAAUAGAAAUCAACCCAAUAAUGGAGGUCAAGGGAAUGUUGCUGAACUUGGGCAAUCUUUAACAAGCAUUGUAGAAGCUAUGAGAGAAUUUCUGUCAAACAUUCGUUUUUAUGAAGUACAGGGAGGUGAUGGAGAAGGAAAUGAAAGCUCAGAAGAGGAUUCAACUGAUUAUGAUGAUUAAUUAUUGAAUUCUUAAAUGCACACAAAAUAUACAAUGCGAGAAAUUUUUUAAAUUUAGAAGAAUUUCCAAAAAUGCUUUGAUUGAAAAAGAAAGUAUAAAUACUUACAAAGUAAAAUUUAAAUUUGAUCUACACAUAUAAAUAAAAGUUUUAAAUUUAUUAUUAAACUUCAACUCAAAGAAAAUAAAGUAAAAACCAAUCAUACGUUAUAAAAAUUAAAUCUAUGAUUUCUCUAGUAUUUGAAUUAUUUUACAAAAUAAGUAUAUAGUUGUAUAACUCUUAUAUGCGGAAACUCUUUUUUCACUUGGUUUAU